UUUAACUACGCCAACAAUUCAGGACUUUUCUUAUAAAUCGUAAUAGAUUGCUCCCAAUAAUUCUAUAUUCUAAUUCUUUACAAAUUUAUGCAUUUGUUUAUGUUGAUAGACUUAUUUCCUAUGGAAACCCAAGACACACCGCAUGCAGGAUAAAUAAUUCUCCACGUUUCUUCUUUUCGUUUCUUAUUUAAAAAUUUCAUGUGUUUUUGUUAUCAGUGUGUAGCGGACGGUGCAGGCGCACUGAAUGUAAACAAAAACAAUGGCGGCAGUAAGCAUGGUGAAAGGUGCCAGUGACACCGAAAAGGAAAAUCUGGAGAAAGUAGAUGACGACCAAGAAAGUAAUUAAGAUCUGUAAAUAGCGUACUAUCUAUAAGAUUAUUUUUAAAAAAGAGAUUAAAUCACGCUUUUCAAUUGGCUUAUUUUAUUAAAUUGUUAGACUUUAAAGCCCUAGCCUAGGCUAGGCCCUAGGCCUAGGCUAGGCCCUAGGCCUAGGCCUAGGCCAGGCCCUCCCUAAGAUUUGUACUGCUGAUUUCAAGGCUAAUCAAUAAGUUAGUAGUAGUAGAAAAGAAGUACUAGAAUUUAAGUCAGAUAUCUAGUAGAGACACUCAGCAACCAAUUGAUCGUGGGCCCUUAAGAUAUAGAAGAAGAAGAAUUGAGACAGUGUAGUGUCUCCUAGCAGUUGUCUAAAAAAAAAGUAGGGUUAAAGUUACUGUGUAGUUUGUGCAUGGGUUUUUUUGCCAAGAAGAGACUCAAGAGUUGUGUGAACUAAACUAAGGGCAGUGAUUAUGUCAUUUUUCACUUUGGGGAAUGGCAAUACUGGACUGAGUAUUGAUCUGUUAAAUUGAAUUUGUUGAACACUUAACUGAGUGACAGAAAAAAGUCACUCAUUUUUUUAAAACUGCAAUCAUUGUAGUUGUAGGUAUUCUUUUGAGUCUUAAUUCGCAUUUGUCAUGUAUUACUAAUAGAAAUGGCAGUCAACAACUAUCGAGGCAUUUCUCUCCUUUCCAUAGCUAGGAAGAUCUUGGCCAGAGUCCCUAUAGUUAACAAUUACAUCUUGAACAAGGACUACUUCCUGAAAGCCAAUGUCACAUCGAAUGUGGAUUCUGAUCAGAAUGGUUCACAACUGACAUAUUUGCAGCACGCCAACUCCAGGCCAGGAAAAAUUUAAGAGUUAAGAGUACACAGGGGAUUGUUCAUCACCUUUGUUGAUCUGACUAAAAGCAUUUGAAUCAGUCAGUAUGAUGGCCUAUAUGGAAGAUAUGGAGAAGUUUGGCUGCCCAAGUAUAUUUAUUACAGACCUGUUUACUCUUAUGAUUUUGGUAUGCAAUGUAUGAUUUUGAGAUGUCUUUUAUGCUGGGAUGCCGAGACAUGUCAAAAGUAUGAUAUUAUGAGACCAGGUUAAAAAAAUAUAUUAUGGGGUUUUUUCGAUUUAAAAAAAAAAUUAAUAAUAAAUAAAACAAUGUUUUUGGUUGUUAGUUUUAGCAUCCACACGCUCAUACAAAAAGGACAAGCCAGAUGCGCAGGGCAUGUUGCAAGAAUGCCAGACUGUAGACCGUAGAAUUCCCAAAUGACUAAUGUUCGGUGAACUCUCCAGUGGGAAACACUCAGCUGGUGGGCAGAGAAAAAGCUUCAAGGACUGUCUAGAAGCUUCACUCAAAUUCAUGGAAAUUGACCUUGAUUUGUGGGAGACACUUUCUAUGGACCAUGCAAGCUGGCAUGGCAGACUCACUGUUGGAGCACAAUGCUCAGAGAAUAAGCACACCGCUCAUGCCCAAAGAAAGCGCACAGCAAGGAAAAGCAGAAUCAACUAAAAUCCUAUUAUGCCUCAAAAAAUUUCCAGGCACAAAUAGGACUGGCAUGUCAUCUGCCUACUCACUGUAAUAUGGCCUUGGUCAUCUUCACAUGCAAAGGGCGAACAACAACAAUCACCACCACCUUUGAUUCUUAGUGUCUAACCCAUUAAAUGAGCAAUUAUUAACAGUAAUUAACAAGGAGAUACAGUGGACAGACAAUCAUUAGGGCUUGUGUGACUAUACAAGCAGUGACAGAAUCAAGAGUAGAAAUAGUGGCCAUGAGUAGCCUACUAAGUGUCCUGCCUAAGGCCAAGGGUUAUAAUCAAAUUUUCUAUGAGUAGGCUUAGGUCAUUGAUUUGUUAAGAAAUAACUAAGAUUAAGGCCUACAUAUUUUUUUAGUGAUUGUACUGAGCAUUGUACCUACGCUAGAGUGUAUGCAGUAAGCGACAGAAACAGUAUUAGUAACGGAUAAGUUUUAGUUUAUUAGUAUGAUAGUAACAUAGUUAGAGUAGAAUUGUGGAAAUUUGAUUGUUUCAAUUAAUAAAUUAGUUGAUCAAUCUAACUUAUGUAUAAAUUAUUAUAAUUGUUUUAUUUUAGUGAGAAUUUUAUUAUAUAAUUUUUCUCCUUUAGCAGAUUCUGAUUCAGAGGAUAUUGAGGAUAGGAUUUCAGACUCAGGAUCAGAAGCUGAUUCAGAAAAUGAAGAAACAGAACAAAUAGGACAAAAAGAUGGGGAGAAAUCCGGAAUGGCUGGCGUUAUUGCUAGAAUUCUAUCUAAAGACAUUUCUAAAAGUAAUCGCGUGCUUUUAGCGAAAGGAAAAACAAAUAAAGAAAUAUUAAAAGAUAUUUCAGAAAGAAAACUAGCAAAGGAAGAGACACAAGAAGAUGAUUCACAGCCAAAGAAUAAAGAAACAAAAAUCAAUGCUAAGAAAAGUGAAUUUUUCAAGGAGGAAAAGGUAUUCAUGCUUUUGAGAUAUAUUUUCUAUAGCAACAAUACAACACGUUUCCACACAUAAAGAGGAAAAGAAUUUGGUAAUUCUAAAUAAUUUUAGGUCUGCAAUUUGAAAAAUAUACUAUUAUAUGUUUGAUGAAUUUUAUCACACUAAGUAAUAAAAACCUUUUUUUCUUAGUGUUAACAGGUUUAAAUAUCCAGUAAGUAAUUUUUUUAAUACUUUUUUGUAGCGGAAAAUCUGGGAAUCAAUGGGUAGAAAGACACCUUCAGUUCUGGAUAAUCCCAAAGAAAUGAGAUUACGGAAAAUUGCUACUCAGUAAGAGAUCUAUCCAUUUUUAUUUAACAUUUAUUGUUAAUCCUUAAUAUUUUACCCAAUUUUUAUUUGCUUUACAGGAGUCUUCAACUAAUUUGAAAAUUCAAAUGUACUGUUUAAAAUAGUCAGGCUUGUUUUUAUUAUCGGUACAUACAAUUAUUUUAUUAUAGAUUUGAAUUACACACAAAUAAAUUGUAGAACUUGUUAAAUGUUAAGUAUUACUUUUCAGGGGUAUGGUCCAAUUAUUUCGUUCAGUCAAUGAGCAUCAGAAAUUGUUGAAAGAAAAACUUGCCUCUGUAGGACCUUCUGAACGUAAAAAAGAUCAGGUGAUAUCUGAGUUUACUAAAGGGAAAUUUCUUGACCUUCUUAAAGGGAAAAAAGAAAAUCAGGUAUAUCGUCAAACUUAACUUGUAUAUACUAUAAUCUUAUUAAUGCUAAAAAUUCUAUAAACCAUAAUUUUAUUGAUUCUUUUAUUAAUUUUUAUCAGCAUUCCUAAUAACACUAAUAUGAUUAUUAUAGAGAUUUGCAUUUGCCGUUUAACAAUGGAAUGUAAUACUUAAAUUCUUAUCCAUUUUUCAAAACAAUUAUAUUUUGCUCUUAUCCCUUUAAACUUAAGAGUCUAACACUCUUUCUUUUCUUUAAUUUUUCAAAAAAACAAGAAACCAACUCAGAAGGAUACCACAAGUAAGUGGAACAUUUUACAAGAUGAUUAUAUGAUGGGAGCCACCAUGAAGGACUGGGAUAAAGAAGGGAGUGACAGUGGGGAUGAUAAUGAUGAAUCGAUGCAAGUUGAUGACAAUUUAUCUGAUGAUGAAUAAAACGCUGUAUAUUUU